AUGGAUCAAAAAGAUGGUCUUGAAGCUUUUGGUGCUCCCGUGACUGACAAGCCACAGAGUACGGAUAGGCGGGGUAGUCACAUGGCUACCAUUGAGGACGAUGAUGAGAGGUUGUUGAAUCGAAUUGGUUAUACUCAAGACCUACGACGACAUUUCUCAAAAUGGUCCACAUUAUCAUAUGCCGUCUCCGUUCUUGGUGUGCUGGGAUCGGUCCCUGCUACAUUUGGGAGCCCUUUAAGUCUUGGUGGACCAGCAGCGUCAGUAUGGGCGUGGUUCUUUGGGUCAGUAAUGGCACAAAUAAUAUCAAGUUCAGUGUCUGCAUACCCGACGGCAGGUGGCAUGUACUUUGUUACGAAAAAUGUCGUUCCAGAUGAACAUGCCGCUAUAUGGAGUUGGAUUAUUGGAUGGUGUAAUCUACUUGGUCAAACUGCAGGUGUUGCCAGUGUGGGAUAUACUGUCUCUCAACUUAUCUUGGCAGCUGCUAGUAUGAACUCUCUUUUUGAUGAGACAACAUUGACAUAUGCCUACUCACCAACUGCUCUACAGACAGCCGUCCUCUCAUGGCUGAUUCUCAUGAUCAUGGGAAUUAUAUGUUCCUUGACAACAAGACGCCUCCACCAGAUAGUAACCUGGUUCAUGCCCAUCAAUGUUCUCGCUUCAAUUGCAAUUUGCAUCGCUCUACUUGUUCUUACUCCUAACAAACAAUCCGCGACCUGGGUAUUCACCCACUUCACCAACGGAUCUGGCUGGGGAACACCAUUUUCAUUCUUCCUUUCCUUUCUAUCCGUAGCGUGGACCAUGACCGAUUACGACGGCACAACCCACAUGUCAGAAGAAACGCACGAUGCGGCAGUUCGUGGUCCAAUGGCCAUUCGAUGGGCCGUCACUAUCUCUGGAGUGGUUGGAUGGAUGCUCACAGUUACAUUUUGUUUCUGUACAACGGAUCUCGAUGCAAUUAUACACUCCCCGACAGGAAUGCCAGCUGCUCAAAUAUUUCUAAAUGCGGCUGGAAAAAGAGGAGGCACUGCAAUGUGGUUUUUUGUCAUCCUCGUUCAGUUCUUCACUGGAUGUUCUGCAAUGCUUGCAGAUACUAGAAUGGCAUAUGCAUUUGCGAGAGACGGAGCUCUUCCAUUUUCCAAUUUCUGGGCCAAAGUAAACCCAAUCACCCACACCCCCAUAAACUCCGUCUGGCUCAUUGUCAUCCUCACCUGCGCCCUAAACACCAUCGCCAUCGGCAGCACCGCCACCAUCGUCUCCAUAUUCAACAUCACAGCCCCAGCCCUCGACAUGUCGUACGCGGCCGUGAUCCUCGCGCGUAACAUCUACGCCUCGCGCGUGAAAUUCAUUCCUGGUCCCUACACCCUCGGGGUCUGGCAAAAACCCCUCAAUGGAAUUGCAUGUGCUUGGGUGUUUUUUAUUAGUGUGGUCCUCAUGUUCCCGACGAUUAGACCGGUGACGAGUGAGAAUAUGAAUUAUGCGGUGGUGGUAGGGGCGGCGAUUGCGGUGUUUAGUUUGGGGUGGUGGUGGGCGGGUGCGAGGAGAACGUAUACGGGACCAAAAACAAAAGAUCUUAUGCAUUCUAUUGCGUCGGAGGAAGGAAAUUAUGAAUCGGAUCAGAGACCUAACUAUGGGAGUAUCAAUGGUCAAUGA